CUUGCGCGAACGAGUCAGCAGAGCCGGCGCUUUCAUCAGAGCCUCAGGCUCUCGGCGGGCUUCGGAAAAAUUGGACUUGCAGCUGCAAAGGCUUACGCUGCCACACGUCCACGGCCAGUGUAGUGAUCGGACAGUUUUUAAUAAUACCAUUUCUUUUUGGCUGUAGUCGCGGAAUGACGCGUAAAAAAUGUGCACAUCGUCGACGGGGCUGAUGAGGCUCAAAUUAGGCCUCCGUCACACCGUGGUAGCUCUUAGAGGAUGCACAAGCUAGCCAAGGGCCUGAAGAAGAAGAAAAAGCAGAAGAAGGGAAAGAAGGGGGAGGAGGAGGACGAGUUUGACCCCGAAGAGCUUGAGCGUUACCGGAGAGAGCGGGCCGAGGCCCAGCAAAGAGCCGCCGAGAGUGGCGACCCUGGUGCAGCUGAGCCCAACGCAGAUUCCGCAGCCGCGGGAUCCGACGAGUGGAAGAAGUUCGAGGCCUUGACAGCUGGUGUCGACUCGAUCUUGAAGAAGAGUCAGGGUGACUUGGACCGCAUCAAGUCGACGUCCUUUUUCCAACGUAAAGCACCGUUAGAGGAUCCUAAGGUAACCAAUGCCCAAAACGAUAAGAAAAAGGCCAAGCGAUGGGUAGGCUUCGACGAGAGUGGUAAUCCAAUUGGUGAAAAGAGUCCCGAAGAGGAAGAGAAACCCGUUAACGACGUCUCUGAUGGUUUCGUUGAGAUACCCGACGAUGAAGAUGACCAUGAAGACUCAGCGGAAGAAGACAUUUUCGACACCACUUAUGUAGACGUUCUUCAGAACAUCGACGUUCAACUCGCCUACAUUCCAGAAAGUCCUACGCAGGAGGAACUUGGAGACGAUCCUUUCGAUACGACGAGUGCUGACAAGGUACUGAAGACUGUCGACAAACGGGGAAAUAAACUUGUGAGCUUAGGGAACGCCGUUGAAGUAUUGUCCGGCCGCAUAGACCACGUGAGCACCUGUAAAAUAUCCAGACCUAGAAAAGCUAAGACUCAAGGAGAUUUGCUGCUUGGUGAUUUCGACGAGUCUGAGCAACUGGACUCGUUACCGUCCACGGGACUUGCCGAGUCAGUUGUCGUAGAGAAAACACUACUUGAUGAUGAUUCCGAUCUUCCUGACAUUCCUGUCGACUUAACGAAGCUACCACCCGUCUUGCCAAGGCCGGUUACACCUGAGACCAACGGGACCACUACUUUCAAACUCGAAUCUGACCCAGUUGAUAUCUCCGAGUUUGAGGUAUUGAGGGAAAAAACUAUUCUAGAAGAAAUACCUGACUUGGAUGAUACCGAGUUUGAUUUGAGCACGGUCUCCGAAACACCUUUGAAACUUGAAGAGGCUGACGAUCCUUUUAGUGCCAAGGAACCCGAGCAAAACGAUUUUCAGAGUGGGAUAAUUGAGGCAAGCUUUGAAGCAGCAACUUUCGUUAACGAGGAAGACCCGUUCGAUACUACUUUUGCUGAAAAUCUUUUACCGGGGAAGACAGAAUUGAAAUGCAUCGAAAAGGAGCUUGAAGAUCUUCCCAUUUCUGAAGUUGCUAUAUCUCUUACCGAUCCUGCUGGCCUCAGUCGUGAUUACGAAACUGGGCUGAUAAAGAACGCUAACAACCAAGACGGUGACAUCUUUGAUACUGACAUUUCUUCGACUGUUAAAGAGGAUCUCUUAGGUGGUUCUGUCACAGAUCUAACUCAAUUAGUUGAUCAACCCAUCGCCCCAAUUGAAGAGAUAACCUACGUUGAUCCUUUCGAUACUUCUGGGGUAGUGGAGCUUCCGCCUGGAAAAACUGAGCUUAAAUUCCUUGAACGGGAACUUCUCGGUGAAGUUGAGAACGCCGAGCCUCUCUCUGACGACGACUUUGAUCCACGAGGAGACGAAACACCUGUCAAAUCUGCUCCGUCUCGACCUCCCGCACCUUCGAAAGUUGUCAAAUCAGGUCCUCCUAAUUUCGAAGUUACUUUCGGAGACGAAAAUGACGCCGUAGCUCCUCAACAAGGUCGGAAACCAUCUAGACCAGAAGAACUCGGGCUCGCUGCACCCGUAAAAAGUGUUGCAUUUGAUCUACCAACUCCCUCGCAACGACCUGAUUUGCUCAAGACUUCGGAAGAGGAGAAAUCAAUUCCCUCGAAGCCCUUGACACCAUAUUCUCAGAGGUCGUUCGAAGAAGUUCUAUCUGAAGACGAUCCUGACGACGAGGCUGACAUCGAUCCUUUCGAUACAAGCUUUGUGGCAAAAGUUGCACCUGGAAAGAAAGAGUUGAAAUUAAUAGAAUCCGAACUGUUGAAGCGAGACUCGCAGCUUUCUCAUAGCCUGAGUGAUCACGACUUUAAUCCGAGAGCUGAGGGAGCUGAGAUCAAUCAAGGCAGAAGAUUCUCGGAUUUUUCAGCGACUACUGCUAGGCCGAAGAGUUUGAAGAUCGUGGGUGUGUCUGCUUCUUUGAUAGAGGAAUCCGAAGAACAGCAAAAAUCGGUCUUCGAGGUGAAUAUCGAAGCUCACAACAAAAAAGCUAAACCCAAAAGACAAGAGAGUCUACUAGACGCUGAGUUUAAAGUUGAUGCGAAACCUUUGACUCCAAGAAUUGACACUACUGUAACCGUUGAAGAGAAAGAUAUUUUAUACACCGAUCCAUUUGACACUUCCAUUAUAGGUAAUAUUCUUCCUGGAAAAGCUGAACUAAGGAUACUCGAGAGUGAGCUAAGUGAAAUACCCGAACAAUUACCCUCAAAGAAAACCUGCAACGAGCAGAAUUUUGAUCCAGAACUUUCUGUUGAAGACGACUUUGAUCCGCGGGCCGGUGAACCGGAAAAGCCACAAGAUUUUCUUGGGUUGGCUGGUCAAGAUACAGGCGUAAAAGUUUUGACACCCUAUCAAUCGAAAGAAUUUCCUGAAGAAGUGGAUAUCGAUCCUUUUGAUACAAGCUUUGCCGCGAUCGGCCCUGGAAAAACAGAGUUGAAAUUACUCGAGUCGGAAUUGAUAGAAAAAUGGCCAUUCAAGAUGGAAUCCAAAGGUGGAAAUCCGUUCCUUAUGGACGAUUAUGACGAUCAAACUGAUGCUGCUGGAAAUCAGCAAGCUUCGAAUCCAUUCCUGCAAGACUUCGGUCCUGCAACAGCAUCAGGCGGUGGUGAAAAUCCAUUUUUAAAUUUCGGUAUGGAUCCGGGUUAUAGACCACCAUCUACCAUAGAUUCCAACAAUCCUUUCGCAUCUUUUGGCGGAGAAAUUACAGCACCAAGUUCUUUGUUUGGUGUUGAAACUUCCUCAGCGACCUCAUUUCCGAUGGACAUGCAAUCCAAUGACGUUUACGGUGGCCAAAAUACAGACUUAUUUGGUCAGGCAGAACCUGAACAACAGAAGCCACUAGAUCAAGAGACCAACCUUUUUGGCAGUCCACAGGAAACCAACAAAACACCCCCAGUGAUGAUCGUUCAAACAGGAUAUCCGGCCGAAGUUCUUGAACCUAAAAAUGGAAAACCACCACCCAUGAGACCUCCUCCGCCAAGGCCUCAGCCUCCUCCUCCUCCACCUUCGUCUCAAACAACGAAAACCAAAGACUUGAUUCUCUCGGUGACCGGCGCGAUGGAUGCUACGUCGAAUCAUCUACUGGACCGCCUCCAAGCAACAAGAACUCCAAGUCCUACCCUGAUGCAUUCACCGUCGCCAACUCCAGAACAUAGUUUUGCUGAUCUGCUGGACGUUGACGGCAACGUACCAGACCUUGCCCAAGACGACAGCAAGCCUGAAACGCACUUGAAAAACAGCGACAUAAUGGAUCUCUUCGAUGCACCGAACAUGGAUAAUAUACCCACUUCCGCAUCGGACAUGAUAUUUUCUGCUCCAAAGACAGAACCUACCUUGUUCUCUAGUACUGAAACUUCCGUUAUCACAAGGGUUGCUGGUAGCCAGGAGAAUCCGUUUGCAGAUGUGGAAACUGACAUUCCUCAGGGUGAUGCGAUUCAUAUCUCAGAUUAUCCGACCGAGAGUGCAGCCACUGUGGUUGAAAAGCGAUUAUCCACCAGUUCAGAGACACCGUUCUCUGUUAAUAGCCCGUUCACAGCUUCUGAGAUUAUCCAGGACAUCGCGUCAGCUGACUUCUCUUCUACUGCAGAGACCACUUUCUCUGAUACCAUUGGAGCGCAAAUAACAAAUUCUACAUUUUCCAUGCUUGAUCAAGCUCCGACUAUGAUGACCACUGCAGAACCAUUGACCGAGUCUUUCGUAUCUUCGACUGCUUCUUCUUUUGGAAUAAUUGAACCCUUGUAUACUGCAACUGUCUCAGAAGUGAACACGACCUCCGCUGCGUUCUCUGCGCAACAGGAUGCCACUACGUUUGCAUCGGAUUUACUGGGUGACUUGAGCCAGUCGGAACGGGAACCUUCUCUGGUUUCUACGAGCCCUGAACUAGCUUCAGAAUUUCCUUCUAGUGGGGUUUACCAAACGGAAGGUCUCGAUGACUUUUCUGCAACAGCUAAAGUCAUUGAAUCCACCGGAGAUGCUUUCGAUGCUUUUGCUUCUAAGUUCGAUAAAGCGGCGGAGCCUGAACCACCGGGAGAUUCAUUUUUCGAUGCGUUUGGCGCUGGACAAACUGCGAUGGACACAUCUAGCGACGUUUGGGGUGAUUCAUCCGUGGCUGGGUCCGAAACUGCGACAGGUUUUGGUGAGAACGAAGGUUUCGAUUCUUUUCUUAGUAUGACAGCACCACCUCAAGAUAACAAAGCGAAAAGAACCGAUUCUGUGGACUCUGAUGAAGCACCAGAUUUCAGUAUAUUCAUCAAACCAAAGGAAGGUGAUCAGCUGACAGCCACGGAAGGUGGUCCAGUCCCCGUCAUCGCUCCACCACCAAGAAGUCCGCAGAAUUCUGCCUACGCUGAUUCUUCUCCGCGUUUUAAUCCCUUCGAUAAGUCUGCAGGAUUUGCUCAAGAAGCUGCACUACCAUUGGAGACAGCACAGACCGGCGAAAUAACCAGAACUGACUCUCAGGAAACUCCACCAACUCCAUUGUUUGACGAAGAUGUAAGUCAACCAUUGGAGGAUUUUCCACGAGUGACGUACAUCGGAGAUGGAUGGGAGAUGCAGUUGCGUCAGCCAAAUAAAAAGAAGAUCACUGGUCAAAGAUUCUGGAAGAAAAUCUUUGUUAAAUUAGUUUAUCAAGGCGAUAAUCCGGUUCUUCAACUAUUCAAUGGAAAAGAUGACAAGGAUCCGUUUCAAGAGCUGCCUUUGCAGGCCUGCUAUUCAGUAUCCGAUAUUGGAGCACAGCAAUUCGAUCAAUACGGCAAGAUCUUCACGGUUAAGUUGCAGUACAUUUUUUACAAAGAGAGGCCUGGAGUCAGACCAGGUCAGGUUACUAAGGCAGAAAGGAUCACUAAUAAGCUGAGCCAAUUUGCGGCGUAUGCUAUCCAGGGAGAUUAUCAAGGAGUCAAAGAGUUUGGUAGUGACCUUAAGAAGCUGGGACUUCCUGUUGAGCACGCACCUCAGAUCUCACAACUUUUCAAAAUUGGUUCUCAAUCUUACGAGGAUAUGAAACAAUUUUCGAAUGCCGUUGAGGAAGCUCUCUUCCGGUUACCAGCUCACAGAGAUCGAGCGUUGAAUUACAAAAUGGAGGAGGUACAAAUAACGGUCGUCGACGAGCUUUACGUUGAGCAAAGCGCUGAAGGACAUGUUGAUAAGCAAAUUGCGAGGGUCAGGCUUUUCUUCUUGGGAUUUUUGUCAGGAAUGCCUGAUGUUGAGUUGGGGAUCAACGAUAUGUGGAGACAGGGUAAAGAAGUUGUUGGAAGACACGAUAUAAUCCCCGUGGUAACAGAGGAAUGGAUUCGAUUAGAAAACGUUGAAUUCCAUUCUUGCGUACAGCAGGACGAGUACGAGAGAUCUAGGAUCAUAAAGUUUAAACCACCUGACGCCUGUUACAUCGAGUUGAUGAGAUUCAGGGUAAGACCCCCUAAGAAUAGGGAGCUACCCCUACAGCUGAAAGCCGUCAUGUGCGUAACCGGAAACAAGGUCGAGCUGAGAGCAGAUAUUUUGGUGCCCGGUUUUGCAUCGAGGAAACUCGGUCAGGUGCCGUGCGAGGAUGUGAUGGUUCGGUUUCCGAUACCCGAGUGUUGGAUCUACCUCUUUAGGGUUGAGAAGCAUUUCAGAUACGGCUCUGUUAAGUCGGCUCAUCGAAGAACCGGGAAGAUCAAGGGUAUAGAACGAUUCUUGGGAGCCGUUGACACGCUGGAACCACAACUGAUGGAGGUGACCUCCGGUCAAGCCAAAUACGAACAUCAGCAUCGUGCCAUAGUCUGGAGAAUGCCAAGACUACCCAAAGAAGGCCAAGGUGCCUAUACGACCCAUCAACUCGUAUGUCGAAUGGCUUUGACUUCGUACGAUCAAAUCCCUGAACAACUGGCUGAAUAUUGUUACGUCGAGUUUACGAUGCCAGCUACGCAGGUGUCUCACACAACAGCGCGUAGUGUGAGUCUUCAGAACAGCGAUAGCGAUAAUCCACCUGAGAAAUACGUCAGGAAUUUGUCGCGGCAUGAAUACAGGGUUGGUAUCGAGCAUACGCAAGGAGAGGGACCAGGCGCUUACGUCACAGCAACGUUGAGUAAGAAAAUUCCGGAAGUUACACCCGAGGUGCACAAUGAAUUUCCUGAACAGCCGCCAGAGUCGGAUUCGGAUUCGUCGGAUUAAUGAGGUUUCCAAGGAAUAAGGUAGGUUGGUAUUAUUAGACUUAAUUAUAUGUAUAAUGUUAAGGGUUUAGUUCUGUAAUUAUAAUUGAAAAACUAACGAAAGUUAUAAGUUAGUGACGAGCGUGUGACUAAGAAAAUAAUUAACCAUUACAUUGCAUAAUAUAUUAUUCUUAGUGCUUGAAUGAAGUAAGAAAUCAUAUGUUGAUGUAAUCCAGAAUGCAGUGACGCAGGGGAUACAAGAAUAGUUUAUAAAAUUUAAGGAAAACUUUGAAGAAAUAAUUUUUAAGCAAGGACAAUACGGCUCUUUUGUUAAACUAGCUAAAUAUCGUAGAAUUCCUGUGGUUCAGUAAUUUCAGAGUUUCAGAGAUCCAAGGGCUGUAAGAAAAAUAUGAAAGCUGGCUUCCCAGGUAAUAUUAAUAAUGUUUUUUUAUUCUUCACGAACUAAAAUAUCAUUUAAAAUGAUCCUGAAUUUGAAGUAAUAAGUAAUUGCUUGUACGGAAUAGCUGAAUAGGAAAUUAUCCCGUGUUUGAAUGUUAAUGGAUUUUCCCACUUUAGUAAUUUGCAAUAACUAAAUAUAUACAUAUACGUACACUAAUAUAUAGAUAUACGUAGCCUAGGAGAGUUUGAUUGAAUUGUCAUUCUUAUUUAUUUCUUCACUUAGGAUUGUUAGUUGUUCAAUAACGUUAUAGCAAUUAAACUCUUUUUUUUUUUUAGAGAUUAUACAUAACAAUUUACCGAUAUGCAUAUCUUGUUGAUUUCGGUUUGCAGAUGGUCUAAGGAACGUUAUAUAGUCAUUAUAAAUUGUAGAAACAUAGUUAUUAUCACAUGUAUAGAAAUAAUUUACGCGGUAGACAUGAUAUGAAUAUUAAAAAAAAAGAACAGGUAUCGACAAUUCUAG